CUGAUUUACAGUUUAGUUGCCUUUCAGCCAAAUCCAUUUAAUGUUUUUCUCCUUUUUUUGGAGGAAAAAAGAAAGAAUGAAUGACCAAAUAAAAGCGGACAACUGUGCUGUAUCCUGGAGUUGUAUUUAUUAUAGCCAUCAUAAUUCUAUUUAACAGUUUUAUUGGCCAUCUAAAUGGUAUUUUUAAAGAAUUCUGUGUUGUGUUGUGUUUAUUUCAGCCCUUUUGAUAUAAGUAGACUUGAGUAAAAUUACACACAAAUGUCGAGUCGCCUUAAUAAGUGCAACCAAGGAAAUGUUUUGGUUGGCCAACUACUAAACGUUCGACACUUCAGCGAGCGUUAGUGGUGCACACUGGCUCUCUUCUCAAGCAGUUAAAGUGCUGUCAAAAAGUAGUUUUAAGCGAAAAGGACAAUGGAGGUAAACGGCGGUCCUGCGAACUCCACAGUGACUUCAGAGGUGUCAUUGUCGUUUCAAGAGGAACUAACCGCGACCCUGCAAAACGCGCUCGGUGUGGCGGUGGAGAUCGCCGUUGUGGAGAUCACCAGACUGCUGGACAGAGCCCUCCGAGAGGUGCAGGGACAGAUUCAGGAGGCUCUGCGGGACAACAGCGCGCUCAAGUUUAGACUGCAAACCGCUGAAACGCAACUCUCCUCAGUGUGCGGUGGCCUGGACCUGCAGACGCAGAGCCUCGAGGAUUUCCCCGUCAGUAACAGCAGCAGCAGCGGCGGCGGUCAGCUGAUGCCUCCUCCUCUCAGCAGAGCUCAGCGCGGCGGGCUCCAGGUCAGUGCUGUUAACAUCCGGCAACAAACCCAGUCCAGUGUGAACUCGGAACAAGAUUAUUUGCUGUGUGAACCAAAGGACACCACUGUUUUCCAGCGAGUACCGAUGUGCGGGAACCCACUCGCAGAAUCGGCUUUAAACUCUGACUCACUAGGGGAAGCGACCCACUAUCACCACGGGGCAAAUGACACCAAGAAUGAGCAGCACGGUAUGACCAAAGCUGACCUGUCAUGUGCUGGAGAAGUUUCGCAUGUGCUGAGUGAUCCGUCGUCCCUUGAAGUGGCUAUAAAGGUGGAGAAAGAGGAGAGUUAUGGUGACCCAAUCCCUGUGUCCAUCUCUGUAGCAGAAGAGCCAAACUCAGACAGUCUUUCUCUGGCUCAAUCGCGACUGCUGGAAGACUGGAGACCUGAGCAAUUGCAAUCAGAGAGCUGCCAUACAAACAUGCCUUGCCAGUCUGCCAACCACCCUGUUGGCUCGGGCCAGCAAAUCCACUUUCCAAAGCUCAACAAUCGCAAGAGGCCCGAUCACUUUAUGUUUCCCGGAGGCCGAGGACCGUACCAUUGUAUCAUAUGUGGACGAGACUUCAACCGCAAGCACCAUCUGAAGAUUCAUCAGAGGAUCCAUACAGGAGAGAGGCCGUACACAUGCUCCAUCUGCAGCGCACGCUUCCGGCAUGCUUUGACUCUUAAGCGUCACUUCCGCCUCCAUACAGGAGAGAAACCUUAUACUUGCGGUCAGUGUGGGAAAAAGUUUCGAAAUGAUGGUGGAUUGCGGUCGCAUCAGUGUUCAUGACACCUACUGUAUGAAAGCAUUAUUUAUGGUAGUUUUGCGACAUUAAUGGGGUACAUGCACAUGGACUUUUAACUUCAGCCAGCCUCAGCGCUUCCGGUGAGCUUUCUUUCCAUUAUAAAAGUGCCAUGUCUGUUUUCCUUAAAAAUCAGUUAUCUUCACUGCCUUUAUAAAGUAGGUCUUAGACCGGACAAGGAGCGCUGCAUUAAAUCCCAUUUUCCCCCGACAUGUCUUUAAAACAUGAAAGUUUAUUUUACCCCAUUAUUUUCAAUGGAGUUUCUGUGCUCUGUUGCUAAUCCUGAUGGCGCUAGUGGUUACACGGUCUUUCAUCUAAUUUAUGCUUGAACAACUAAAUGAAUAUUGGAUGUAUUGUAAUUACAUUACAACAUCGAUGCAGUAAAAGGUACCAUGCUCAUUUGAAAACAUUUCAAUUAAGCUUUCAAUUAAGCUUUCAACGGAAGUUUAUGAUUGGCUGAAAAACACUAGCUGUGCAUAGAGCCCAGUCAAUAUCAGGUCACCCCCAGGCAUUGAAAGGUUAGGAGAAGCAAAGUUCACCCAAAAAUGAAUGAAUCUUCUUGUUUUAGAUUAGCUAUGGUUUCGCUUUAAAGCACAAUCUAAGCUAUUUUUAAUAAUUACUGUUUCUGUUUUUCUGAAAAUCAAGGUUAAAAUUCUCAUAAAGGAGUUGUUAAUCUGUAUAAAUAAUAAAACAACUUUUAUUCAUUUUGGGUGAACUAACCCUAUGAAUGUUCAUGAAUUAAAAUCUGGAAUAACUGGAUGAGAAGCAUUUGUCUGUUAUACGUUUAAUGCCUUUUCAAAUAUUUAGUGCCUGAUGAA